ACAGGAGACAAACCAUUUCCUUGUGAUCUUUGUGGGCGAAGAUUCAGCCAGAAGACAAGUUUGAACUUUCACAUGACAGUCCACACAGGAGAAAAACCGUUUCCUUGUAAUCUUUGUGGACAAAGAUUUGUUCGUAAGACCAAGUUAAAUUUACACAUGAGAGUCCACACAGGAGACAAACCAUAUCCUUGUGAUCUUUGUGGACGAAGAUUCAGCCUAAAGGCCAGUUUAAACAAACACAUGACAGUCCACACAGGAGAUAAACCGUUUCCUUGUGAUCUUUGUGGACAAAGAUUUAGUCGCAAGACAAGUUUAAACACACACACGAGAGUCCACACAGGAGACAAAAAGUUUCUUUGUGAUCUUUGUGGACAAAUAUUUAGUCAUAAGACAACUUUAAAUUCACACAUGAGAGUUCACACAGGAGACAAACCAUUUCCUUGCGAUCUUUGUGGGCAAAGAUUUAGGCAGAAGACAAGUUUGAACACACACAUGAGAGUCCACACAGGAGACAAACCGUUUCCUUGUGAUGUUUGUGGGCAAAGAUUUAGUCACAGGACAAGUUUGAACUCACACAUGAGAGUCCACACAGGAGAAAAACCAUUUCCUUGUGAUCUCUGUGGACAAAGAUUUAGUCAUAAUACAAGUUUAAACAGUCACAUGAGAGUCCAUACAGGAGUGAAAACUUUCAAACUGUAAAUAUUAAUAUAACUAUUAUAAGCCAUGAGAUGCAAUUGGUAUUUUAUCACCCA